AAGAGGCUGAGUUUUUUAAUCGACCUCUUCUCAUCUUUCAUAGAGAAAGAACUUUUGAGGCAGACAGACUGUGGAAUAGUGUUCUAAAGUGACGGUUAUCGGUUCAGGUAUCAUUUUAUUCAUCAUUCUCGAAAAAGUAGAAACAAUUAAAAGGUUUCUUUCGGUCACAAUCAAGAGUUCUUCAAUGUCAAUGUCUUCUGAAAUCUAUGAGUUUGAUGGAUGUAUCUUCAAUGAUCCAUUUUCACCAUUCAAUGAUUCAUCAACCAUUGACAUCCUCCAAGCUUUCCAAGAACACAAUUACAACUAUACCCCUUUACUACCAUCAUCACCACUAUCACCGCCUUUGACCACCCAAGAAAAUCUUGACACCCCAUUCGAGGAAAUUGACCAAAUUGCCCCCACCAUCUUCUCUUCCUCCCCACCAAGCCACCAGCUUCAAAACCUCUCUCUUUACCAAAUGGGUAUUUCUGUAACUUCUUCAAACGAGGCUCUUGACUCUUGCCAUUUGGAUGUCAAAACGGAAGAAAGUCAACUACCCUUGUAUGAUAGUUACUACUAUGGUGGGUCUGACCAUGCAUUGACGAUGAUGCAGAGGAGUUAUAGCAGCAAUUCUUUCCAACAAGAGAAACCAAAUGGUGUUCUUUAUGAACCAAAAAUUAACGGCUUGAUUGAAUCCCAAAAUCUUCAGGCCCAAAGCCUUACCUCACCUGAUCAAAACUUCUCAUAUUCCCAUAUGAGAAGGGUUUGCAGUACCGGUGAUUUACAAAGUCCAAAGAUCAACCAAACAAGUCAAAGGCUGUCUUCUAGUCCAUUGGCCACAGAAAGUUCAUUCAUGGAUGAAGCAAAUUUUAAGGUCGGGCGUUACAAUGCAGAGGAAAGGAAAGAGAAGAUCAUGAGGUAUAGAGCAAAGAGGACACAACGGAAUUUCAAUAAGACAAUUAAGACGAAGAAAAUAAAAUGUUUGUUGGCUUAUAUUGAAAAUAGUAUGCAUGCCGGAAGACCCUUGCGGACAACAGACCACGAAUACGUGGUAGAUUUGCACGCAAUGACGAGCCUGGAGAGAUUCAAAGGACUACACUUUUUCAUCGAUAUGGAGAUGAAGAGGAAUUUUGGAUGGAUGGAUUUCAUGAAGACGAUGAUGAAAGAAUGAUUGGUCGAGGACAAUUUUUCAAUACUUAUUCAUCCACUAGUCAGUUUCAACAUCAAAGAUUCAACUUUAUUCAUAACUGAAUGCAAAUUUACUCCUUGUGGUUAUUCAUGCCUUUUUAUUUUGAAAUUUGGUACGAUGGUUAAACUUAACCAUUUAAACUGAUCUAUGUAUGUAACUA